CACGAGCUCGAUGACCAUGGCGGUCAUCGACGUAUACACGCUACUGAGUCUCCCCUCUUCCAAUGCGUUCUCCGCGUUCCACUCGUCCGACUUUGUUGUGGAGCAAGACUCACGGUCGGAUUCACCUACCCGCAAGGUCCCGCGUCUUGCAGACGACUCUGACUCUGCGUCUGCAUCUAGGGCCCGCGCUGCCGCUGUCGCGGAUAAUGAGCAUGCGGGCGAGAAGUCGGCUACUAUAGUGCUGAAGUUUCAUGGUGCUCCUAUCAAUGUGCAACCCGAGAGUGUAUACGAUAAGGACCUCGCACUCGUUCGGCGGUCCGUACGUGUAUUACUCGCGAAAGGUACAACAGAGUCUCUUCCAGCGACCUACGAGAAGAUAUAUGCAGCAUGUCAAGCCGUCGUACAGAACGCGCGGAACGGAGAAGGGAUCUACGAGAGCAUCAAGCUUGAGAUGGAGCGUUGCUUCGGGCUACUUCUAAGAGAUCUGUUGGAAACCUCUCAUACAGGUAUUGCCUGGCUUCAGCCAUUCAUUGAGACGUGCAGCUGGUUCGACAAGCAAGUGACUCUCAUGAAGUCGCUGCUUGCAUAUCUGGACCGAGUUUACCUGGUCAGUCAGAAGAAACAAGACAUUGGGUCCUUGGCCUACAGCGGUUUCUACACUCGCAUCUUUCAGCACGAGUCUGUCGUUCAGCAUAUACGCGAAGGCUUGACAGAAUGGGCCAUGUGGGAACGUGAGCAGCGCACAACGCACGAGGCUCGCCCAUUGAUAUCCGCGCUCGUAAUGCAACUGCAGCGCCACGGCUUGUAUCAAGACAUUCUCGAGAGCUUCUACAUCAAGAAGGCGCACGAAUACUACGUGGAGGAGGCCAAACAACUUCGGGAAACUCUCCGACCCGGCGAUUUCUGCAAGCAUGCCGAAGAUCGCCAUGACCAAGAGAUAGAGCGUGCCAAAGCUGUUUUGCUGGAGUCGAGCAUCCAGAAGAUCUCUCUCGAGACAGACACUGCCCUCCUUACUGCUCAUCUGGACUGGAUUGCAAACGGCUCUAUGGAGCCACUCAUGGAAGGCGAAGGCCCUUCGUUGGAUCGUCUGCACAGAAUGUACCUCCUAUUCUCUGCAGUAGGCGGUUUGAAGAUUUUACUGGCUGCAUUCAAGCUCUACGUCACGAAUUUCGUCAAGAAGAUCGUCACAGAUGCCAAGAUGGACGAUCAGAUGGUGGACCGGCUUCUCGUUCUCAAACGCAACUGCGACACGGUCGUUAACGAGGCUUUCUACAACGAGGCCCCGAUCCCGAGAGUGACUCCCUCGAAGCCAUCGACAUCCAUGGACGUCGACGAUAGCCCGGCCAUCGAGAAGCGCGCCAACCGCGAGUUUGGAUAUGCCGUCACGGACGCCUUCGCAGAGGGCUUCAAGGCACGCCGCAACAAGCCGGCAGAGAUGAUCGCCAAGUUUCUCGAUCGUGCAAUGCGCCGGGGACAGAAGGGGCGCGACGAUCGGGACUACGCUGCCGAGCUCGCUGCAGCACUUGCGCUGUACCGCUACACGGACGACAAAGAUGUUUUCCGGACCUUCUACCACCGUGCUCUUGCCAGGCGGCUCCUGCUUGAGAAGUCAGCAUCAGACGACCAUGAGAAGGCGAUGCUGCGCAAGCUCAAAGAGGAAUAUGAUCCCGAGUUCGGGAUGGGUGACCACAUGUUCACCGACUUGGCGCUCUCGCGUGACCUCACCGCCGAGUACAGACAGAAGAAGAAGGGCGAUGUGGAUCUGUCGCUCAUGGUUCUCCAACGCAGCGUCUGGCCAUUUACUGCACGCAAGCAAGAUAUAGUCCUGCCUGUCUGGAUGUCGGAUGAGCUGAGCAAGUUCACCGAGUUCUACAAAGAGAAGUACAAGGGCAGGAAGCUCGACUGGGACCACGCACUUGGGCACGCGACGUUGCGCGCCCGCUUCAAGGCGGGUGUGAAGGAGCUGACGGUCAGCCUGUACCAGGCUGUUAUUUUACUGCUUUUCAAUGAGAUAGAGGAGCUGUCUUUCCGCGAGAUCAAAUCGCAAACAAGCAUGGAGGAUGGCGAGCUGCGCCGGACGCUGCAGAGUCUGGCCUGCGGCAAGAAGCGUGUGCUGAGGAAGCAGCCGCCCGGCAAAGACGUGCACGACGAUGACGUAUUCUUCUUCAGCGCCGACUUCACGGAUCCUGCCUUCCGGGUGCACAUCAACUCGAUCCAGGUCAAGGAGACCCCCGAGGAGGCGAAGCGCGCGCAGACGAUGAUCGAGGCGGACCGCAAGUUCGCACUCGACGCGGCGAUCGUGCGCAUCAUGAAGGGCAAGAAGAAGCAGCACUACGAGCAGCUCAAGACGGCGACGAUCGAGGCGGUGUCGAAGCAUUUCCAUCCCGAGGUGACGAUGAUCAAGGCGCGCAUCGAUGGGCUCGUCGAGCAGGAGUACUUGCGCAGGGACGACGACGACAUGAAUGUGCUUCAUUACGUUGCUUAAGAGGGCUGUAGUCCUACGAUGUAUCUCAUUCAGAAUAAAACCUGAGGGUAGGAAUUCAACACUGCGUAGACUAAUUGUGUCUCAGAGUGUAGCAAGAAAAAUAAGUUUACGUUCGGUAGCUAUGCAUCCCUUCGGGCGUCGUCACUGUAAGCACUUGUGGAACGCGUUCUUGU